AUGCCUCAUUCAGAGUCAUCACCAAGGGUCCAUGUCCUCGGACUUGGAAGUAUCGGCACCUUUGCCGCCCAUAGUCUGUCCGAAAUCCCCAGCAGGCCUUCCGUCACACUCCUCCUCCAUCGCGAAUCGCUACUAGGCGGAUUCCAGGAGAACGGAAACCAAAUCCAACUCACAACACGCGAAGGAUCCCAAAUCGGGCACAGCGGCUAUGAUCUGGAGGUAUACCGGGAAAAGGGAUGGUAUCCCGAGCCUCCAUCACCAUCCUCAGAAGCCAUAAGCACCAACAUCACCCACCUCAUCAUCAGCGUCAAAGCAACACAAACCGUUUCAGCGCUACAGCCCCUCAAGCACCGCCUAGACGAUAACUCUACCAUCCUAUUCCUCCAAAACGGCAGCGGCAUGAUCGACGAAGUCAACGAAGCAUUGUUCCCGAACCCGGAGACGCGACCAAACUACAUCAUAGGAGUCAUCUCACACGGCGUAACGCUCAACCGACCGUUCAACGUCACGCACACUGGCUUCGCAGCGAUGUCCUUGGGGCUGGUUCCUCGCUCCCAAGAAGCACCCCAUUCCCGGGAGUCUUCAUGUUCAUACCUCCUCGAUAAUCUCCCCCUCUCGCCCCGGCUAAACGCAACAUCAUACCCCUACACAGAAGUCUUACAGAUCCAGCUCGAGAAAUUGGCCGUCAAUGCCUUCUGUAACCCUCUCUGUGCCUUGAAUGAUGCGAAGAAUGGCUUCCUUUUCACCAUCCCCGAGACACGGAGGGAGAUUCUCACGGAGAUCUCGGAUGUCGUGCUUGCGUUACCGGAAUUGAGGGGUGUUGCGGGUGUAAAGGAGCGGUUUGCUGUGGAUAGAUUGGAGGCGACAGUGAAUGCGAUUUUGACUAAGACUGCUGAGACGACGUGUUCGAUGGUGUGGGAUUUGAGGGCUGGACGUGAGACGGAGGUGAGGUUCAUUAAUGGGUAUUGGGUGAGGAGGGGGAGGGAGGUUGGGGUGAGGACGCCGGUGAAUGAGUACCUGGUGGAGGAGGUGACGAAAAGGAGUCAGUCGUAG